AUGGGAAGAAAAUCAUCAACAAAACCUUCAACAGGAAUAGCAGUUGGUUUUAAUAGUGGACAUAUUGUAACAAAAAGGAAUUUAAAAAUAAAUAAAAAAAAAAAGCAACCAUCUAAAAGAAAAGAAUUCAUAAAAGAUGUUGUUAGAGAAAUAACUGGAUUUAGCCCAUAUGAGAAAAGAUUAAUUGAAUUAAUAAAAAUUGGUACAUCAGCUUCAAUUAAAAGAAGCUUAAAGUAUGCAAAAAAGAAAUUAGGAACACAUAAGAGAGGAAAAGCAAAAAGAGAAGAAAUCCAAAAAAUUGUUAUGAUACAGAGAAGAAAAGCUGCUGAAAAGCAUUAA